CUUGAUUAAUUAGCCGGGGCGCGAUAAUUAAUUAGCUUGAGGGCGCCGUUCGGACUCGGGAAUAAGCAAACGUAGAGCCAAGCGUGUAGGAAAAGCUACGGGAAGUAGGGAAAGCUCGACGAUGAUAUAGCUCGAAUAUCGAACGUCGUAAGUGACACGCUACACGACCCGUCUUGGUAUCAAUUUUCUCCUCGUCGAUAGCUGCCGAGUAGAUUUCGCGAUCCAGUUCGUUUUAAGAAUCAUCGUCGGGCGAUCGGAUCGCGCGGAGGCCGUUGUUCGCUUAAUUCGAAAGUGUCUGAGCUUUAAUCUAAGAGGAAGGUAAAAAAGGGGGACCAAUUUUUCACGCCCAUUCUCAAUUUCUAUCUUUUCCUUCUUUUCCAUCUUGGCCGCUUUUCUCUUUCUCGUCUCGCCGUCUAGCUGCCUCCCUCCCUUUCCCUAUCCGGCUUUAUCUCCUGAAUCCAACCAGCCAGCGGACUAUCCAUAAAUCUCUCUGUACGCUCUUUCCGUAUUAACUCCGUCAUCGUGAGACCGGCCGGAAUACCAGGAAUACGAAGAGGGAGUCGCAACUCACGCAAGCAAUAAAUCAAGGGCCAACCUACCAGCGCGACAACGUGGAACAGGAAGGUGGUACGUAGGCAAUCACCAGGCGAGAAUCGCCAAAAAAUCAGAUUCUAAAAGACUUUGGCCCACAACGAGCGAGUGAUUCUACACCCUUGUUUGUCGGAGGGUGAAACUAUAUACAAAAGUACAUACGUUUCUCACGAAGAAAGCGUAUAGCCGAGAAUAUCCAAGUUCCCACGAACAAUAGUUCGAUACAGAAAGGACUGUGCGUCAAGCAACGAGUAGAAAAAGCAGCCGUUCCUUCCUUCCUUCUUUCCUUCCUUCCUCUCUAUUCGAACCGAAGAGAGAUCCAGGAAAGAAGGAACGGAUUAUCCGCUGUCGCCAAGAAGCUACACAGGCCACACGCCAUUGUCCGUUUAAUGACGAUGACCUCAUCCUGAAACGGGCAUGACGCCCCUGGCCUCGAGAUGCGACGAGACCACUACCAUCCUGCUGUUGCUGCUACUCGAGCUUGCACCCGGUGCACGCUGCUACUCGCGCGCGGCCACCACGUCCGCCUCGACUUUGUCGAGAUAGCAUCUACAGUCGACGGCGAGGGUGCGAGUGAUGCCGCUCCUCGGCAGCAUUAUGACCAUCGACGCCGCCGGUAGUCCGACUACGGCGUCCACCAGCGUCUUCGACGAGAACAUGACGUGGUCUCGACCAACCGGUGGCACUACGUCUUCCACUAACGAGGCCCACUCGAUUGAUAGCGCGAUCCUCACCGAAGAGCAGCAACUGCACCGGCUGAUAGCCGCCGCGACCACGACUCACGACGAUCGUGGAACCACCCGAAUCCCCGAUCAAGUCGAUCAAGGACCAGACGUCGAACAGCGAUCCUCCGACACCGGUAACGACACGGCUACCGAGGCAAACGUUCGACAGGUGGCACCGAUCGAGAGAACCGGUGAUUGUGCCUGCGCUAGAUUCCGUGCUGGGGAUAUCGUGUCGGGUACCAGAUUGCCCUUCCUCGUCACCGAACAGUUGGGCGAAGUGGAGGUCGCUAAUAUCAGCGAGGAAAGCACCGUUGCUUUCGAUAGUACCACCGGUGGUGUUACCACCGACCAGGACGACGUGGAAGGUCUGAGAGAACUGGAACUGUUGUUCGGCUUGGGCGGCAUAAUGGAGGAUAUCGGUGGAUCGUUCAACGAUUCUUUCAACGAGAGUCUCUUAUUCCCGUGUAACGGCAGCCUGUGCAACGAAACGUCGUACGUCGUAUACGGGGAGAGCUUGUAUCCAUCCGGAUAUACGCUGCCACACAUCAUUCUGGCAUCCAUCCUGGCCACGCUGUUGAUGAUCGUGAUCGUCGUGGGGAACAUGCUGGUGAUCAUUGCCAUAGCCACCGAGAAAGCACUGAAGAAUAUACAGAACUGGUUUAUAGCUAGCCUAGCCGUGGCUGAUUUCUUUCUGGGCCUGGUAAUUAUGCCUUUCUCGUUGGCAAAUGAAAUUAUGGGAUACUGGAUCUUCGGCUAUUGGUGGUGUGACAUUUACUCGGCCAUGGACGUGUUACUGUGCACCGCCAGUAUCAUGAACUUGUGUCUGAUAAGUUUGGACAGAUUCUGGAGCAUCACGCAGGCGGUGGAUUACCUAAAGAAGAGGACUCCGGCCAGGGCAGCUCUGAUGAUAGCGCUCGUGUGGCUUUUGUCUGCUCUCGUUUGCAUACCACCCCUAUUGGGCUGGAAGAGACCUACGCCUGCUGAAGAAUAUCCCAAGUGUAAGCUUUCAGAGGACAUCGGCUACGUCGUUUAUUCCGCGCUCGGCAGCUUCUACAUCCCGUCGUGCAUCAUGGUGUUCGUGUAUAUACGCAUUUAUUUCGCGGCGAAGGCUCGCGCGCGCCGCGGCAUCCGCAAGCAGCCGCGUCCUCGUGCAGUGAUACCGCCUGAGUCCCCGGAUAUUAGACAGACCAGUUUCACACAAAGCACGCCGGCCACUGAAUCGAAAAAACAGGCUGGUUCCGCGAUGGAGAACGUCGCGACUAUCGAGAAUCAGCCCGUACAAAUACCCAUCGUCACGUGCGACUUUGCUAGCGACGUUAGUACGUCUGAAGCGGAUCCCGGAGGAGGGAACAGUAUUCCCAUGGAGGAAAAGGAUACGCUGAAGGUGACGAUCCCAGUCCCAGUGCAGAAGAGCAACCUGAAGGCAACGCUGUCAGUAAACGGCGACGGCCAAUCGAGCGUGCCAUCGCGGUGCAGGGCGCCUAGCGUCGGCAUCGACGUCGACAUGGUGUCGGAGUUCGACCCGUCGUCGUCGGACAGCGGCGUUGUAUCCAGGUGUGCCGUGGUGAAGCCUUUAAAGCUUCGUCUCUGCCAGCCCAUCUUCGGUCGUAGGAAUCUGGGCAAGCUCAGAAGAGAGCACGGGGACGGAGGACGCACGUCUGGCAAAGACGACUCGGGCGUAGAGUCAAAAUCGUCGAAACCGCGGGACCCGGAGAGAGAGAAGAGGAGACUGGCGAGAAAGAAGGAGAAACGAGCCACUCUGAUACUCGGUUUCAUCAUGGGCAGCUUUAUUGCCUGCUGGCUGCCAUUCUUCGUCCUUUACAUCGCGAAACCUGUGUUCCCUCGCGUCGAGAUACCCACGCAGGCGUUCGUGAUCGCGUUCUGGCUCGGCUACAUGAACUCUGCCCUGAACCCCUUCAUCUACACCGUCUUCAACAAGGAUUUCCGCCGCGCGUUUCGCAGGAUACUGUUCAAAUAAUCCCGUCGUCCCUGGACGAACGUUCUCGAACGGGAUCCAGGUAACACGAAUGAAAAUCGAUCGGCGAAUACAUCGCCUUUGCGAAGUGGAACGUCGAUGGAAGGAGCGGGCAAGAACGCUUGAACAGAUAUCUUUAUUGCGAUAAGUUAGGAGAACGACACGACGAAGGUGUUUAUGCGCAAGAGUCUUGGGAAAUUCGGGCGCGACUGUAAAAACUCUCGCGGGACGCUUCCUUUGGAAUGUAAACUCGGUGAAAUUCUAAACUCGGUUCGUGUCUAAUGUGGCCUCGGAGACGGGCGCACCGAGAAUUUCCUCGUCCAUGCAGUUCGAGGAUAACAAUUUUCCGGGAAGAAAUCAUGAGAAAGUUGACAAAUUCGAUAGCCCGUUUUGCCAGUGACGGCCAUGAAUCCUCUACACUCUACGAGAUGUCGUGGACUAUCGGUGUGUUUCAGCAACAGCUGCUGCCUCUCCCUCGAUCGGAUACAACUUCCGACUGGUUGUCGAUUCAACAUGACACCAAAGAAGACAGAUGGAACUUCACGACAGCUAGCGAUACGGAUUCGAGAACUACGGCUGCAUCGUGAUUUUAAACUAAUUAUAUCGAAGGGAGGAACGCGUGAAAAGUGUCAGAGACGUUUUCUUUUUUGCUCGACAAAGACGAAUUAUUGGUCGCGAUGAUCGCGACACGAUUCGUGGGUUCUCUGUAUCCCGCCUCCGAGGAAUCGGAUCUUUUCGUCGAAGCCACCUCGUCAUCGUUCUUCGUCAGAAUGGAAGAAAAUUGGGUGGGGACGGGGGUGUACCUGCGGCAUUCUUCCUUCUCCGAGUUCCUUGGACAGACGGCACACGGUCCGAUUGUAAAUUAAAAAUCGCGACAAUCCACUUACUAUCGAUGUACGUGAAUGUAGAUAUGUAUAGCAUACGUGUAUGUGUGUAUAUAAUAUGGCCGUCGCGAGCGGCUCGUCCGGAAAGUUUCUGUUCUUUGAUAUUCACGUAGGUGACUAAGAAAGGAACACCUUGCAUGUUCGCUUGAUUUCGCUUCGAAAUUACCUGCUAUUCGAUUCGUGAGCAGUGUAAGAGAUGGAAAAUUUUCCGAAGCACGAGCUACCGAAUACGAAGUUUCCUCUAGGAAGGGAAAAUAGCAGUGUGUCGAAGAUUGAAAGAGAAAAAUAGAGGGAAAACGAAGGGAAGGGAAACUGAGAGUUCUGAUUCUUCGCUACCAUGUUUCACGCGACGUGGAACGAAAACUUUCGGAACGGGCUGUGGCAUACGUUGCGCGUGUAAUAAUACGUAACUGUUCUACGAUAUUAUAUACGCACAUCGGCACACGAUAGCAGGAAGGACGAGGAUCUCGAAGCGAGCACAAGUUCACGAGAGACGUGAUCGGAAUGAUCGUCAUCGGACAAAUAAAAUAAAAAAAAAGCUAAAACGAAAGGAGCGUGUUUCCUAUUAAAUAGGUACACAUCGUUUUAUCAAUAGGAUCGAUAUACGGCUACGGUUUAAUCGUGUAAUCGUUUAAUCACGACAGUUUUUUCGAAUUCUAUCGAUUUAAAUAAACGGUAAGGAUGCUGAAAACGUAACGAUACGUAUUAUUAUAAAAAAACGUAGAAGUUUCUCGAGUUUAAAAAUCAAAUGAAAGAAGAAUGAAGAUGCACGGGAAGAGAGAAGAGAUACGGGGAAACGAUCGCUUUGCACGACGUACGGUCAAUGGGAAUAGAAUUCGCAUAACAGCAAGGAUAAAAAGUAGGAUGUAAUGCUUGCAAUGUCAGAUUUCUGUUUGUUCGGCUUGAAAUAUUAAAUUUGACUACGCUACACCCUGGUGAAACCGCGAUUAAAGAUGAAUGCACAGCUUUAUUUGUUUAUUGGUGACGCGCGAAGCCAACAUAGAACCCUAUGUGGUUUCAAUUAUUAUGCGGCUUUACGCAAUGUUUGCGCACCGGGGUGCCAAUUCGCGAUCAGCUGCUUUAUAAUUUAACGCUUGCCGACCUCACCGAGGCACCGAAUCCGAUCAAACCGGUUCGAAACUUACCACCCCCUUUUAUCCGAGCGCACGCCAGUUUUACUUAAUCGAUAGCUGCGCGCCACCGGUGUACGCGAUAUUUUUCUAACUCUUUCUUUCCAUCGAUUAAAUUUGCUACGUAAUUUCGAAUAUCGAAAGAGAAAGCUGUAUUCGUAUUCAUAAAUACGAUUUACAAGUAUCGGGACAUUGACCAAAAAUAAAAUAAAUCUCAGAAAUGAUUGGGAAAUUACCUAAAUCUCUGAUUAUAUCAACGAUUGUUAUCCAGUUCCCAAAGACGUCCUAAUAUUUAUGAACUUAUUUAAGGAUAUUUUUCAGAAUUGAAAUCGCAGGAAACGACACGAUGUUCAAGUUAUGUGAAAUAUUUUACGCGAAUCUGUAUUGAGAAAUGUUGGCACGCCUAUCUGUCUAGCAAAAAUUCGAAACAAAUCAAAUAGCGGCAAAAACGUAGCUCAUAAAUCGAAAGUGGCCCAUCCAUCGGAACAAAUUUCGAAAAACAAUUUCCAUCGAUAGCAUUCAAUCUGGUCUCUCUAUUUCGCAGAUUAAAGAUCAUCCCCGCAGUCCGACCGCGAGAAACUCGAAUAAAAAAUUACUUUCGGGCUUCUGUACCGAGACCGAGGAUCGAAAUCCGGCUAUUUUUGGUCGGGGAUUAAGAGUUAAGAGCCAGCAUACGUUUCACAUAACCAACACACCUAUAUCGAACUCUCUUUGCUUCCAAUCGGUCUUUUACAACUUUCAGAAUUACAUUUCCGUUCAACAGCGGAAAACGUGUUUUAGAAAACGAUUCCUAUUCAAAUCGACCAGUUCAUUCGUCGAUCGACGUAAUAUCGAAAAUAUUGAGAGUGAAAAUACCAGAUGUGAAAAUUACCAAAAUUAUGAAUUCGUAUUUUUUUCAUAGAUUGCGACGAUGCGCUUCUUAAUGACAUUUCGUGCAAUAUACGAAUGAAAGCUUUCAUUACAUUUUGUUUCAUUUCGAUUCCGCUGAUGCAAGUUUUACACUUCAUCUCUUUCUAUUUUCAGUGUGUAUAUCUUUUAUCAAAAAUAUCUUUAAAAUUCCAAUUUUUAAAAGCUCUGUAGUUCAGUGUAUAAACCGAACAGUUCAAAAUCAAAGAUAUCUUUCAUAUACCUUUCAUUUCUUUCAUCUCGGCAUAGGUUCAAUAUUAUACCCUAGUUAUCGAUAGCUGCAGCGUUCAAACUAAAAAUUUCCAACAAAAUCACGCACCGAUGUUCCAAAUAAAAGAUAAUUUCAAGAAUGAAAUGUUUUCCACGUAACAUUUACCCCUAGAGCGCGUUUCAAACUAAUUUACGAAUUAGCCGCAACCCCUUUAUAGCCAGGCUGUACAUAUGUCACGUGUGCACGCAUCUACGUGACACGCAACGCGCUACAACGAUAAAUCAAUAAAGCGUAUAUACGUGUGGUCUGUAGUAUGCAAUACACGCGUGUGUCUAGCUUUCUCGCAUUAAUUCUGUCUCUCUCCGACCAAGCUCCACGCAUUAAGGGUGAACUGGGGCAAAGUGUCGGGGGAAUAGACGAACAAGACAGUCUCUCGAGUGUACAGAACCAAUAAGAGGCGCGCUGAUAAGAUUGCAACGUUCAUGCGACGGAUUAUUAGCAUAGCUGAGAUCGAUGGACCGUGUACACACGGAUACACGUACCACAUAAUAUACCGUAUAUACGUUUUUCCAGUCGGAUUUUUGCUUAUGAAAGGGUUAGGAAAUCGACGGUUUUGAUGGAUCGAUCGUACAUUAAACAACGUAGGUUGAUACACCCUUGAUAAUUAUUUGAAUCGGCCGCAACGAGGUGCAAACGCAACGUUUGCACAGCCAACUAUCGAGCGGUUUGCGUGGAAAGCUGCGAAUAAAAGCGGACAAAACUUUUGACAUGGCCGUUACAAAUUGAUUUCGACUGGCUGGAGGAACCUGAUGCGCAUUUGUUAUCCGGCUAUCUUAGUCGCGUUCCGCGCCGAUAUUAGCAUGUAAAAUUAAACGAAAUACCAGACCGUAGAAAAACGAAUACGUGUUCGUUACGAUAUUUGUCUCCUUGGCUCGGUUUCACCCUUCGAUAACCCGAGAUCCAUCGGUCGCGGGGAACAAUUUCGCGUCGAUCGCAACCUCGUGCAAUCCCAUCUCGAAAUAUUACAACGUGUACCUUGUAACAUGAAAUCCUGUAUUAGACGGUCGGCUGGAUCCUUGAGAAUUUAUCGUGCACGAAAUAAAAGGACUGGAGAUGCUGUCGUAAGAUACUAUGUUCUCGAACGCGUAAACGGAAGCCAGAAAUGGAUACACAUAACCGAGUGGAAUUUACGUUCUAACCGAGAGGCCGGAUGCUCGGUAAUAUUUCAGACGAUCAAACAUCGAUACAGAGCUCCCUGCUGCUUUUUCCUUCUUUCGCUCUUUCGUCUCGUUAUCGCUGAUAUCCAAUACGUUCGUCUCUUUUCACGAUCUAUUGAUCUCGGUCCACGUUUUUGAUCUCCAUCUAGAAAAUCGUCGAGGUUGGAGAGACACAGAGCAAUCUUGAGAACUUGUGCCUUUUCCUCUCUUGUCUUUUUCCUUCUUCUUCUUUUUUUUUUUUUUUUUUUCGUUGCUCUCCAGAAACCUUGCUCUAUUCGAUACCUUGAAAAUUCCUCAUCGAACGCUCGCCGUGUUUCCCCGAAAAGCGAGAUCGACCGAAGAUCAUCGAUCUCUCUGCCAAAGUGGCACGGAAUCGAGACACACGCAGCAAUAGGAAAGAAUAAAUGAAUCGUCGAACGUUUCUCCUCGUUGUUAGUUUCAGAGUUAAUUAGAUCGAUAUAAGAUGUAAGCAAAGUUCGUACAGCGAGAUUCGACAUUUUCCUGUAAACGAGUUACUUGUAAGAUAGUAAGAUUAAGUCUGAUGAGACUAAAUAAUAAAAUGUAAGAGAAGUGUGCUUGGCGUUGGCAAACGCUAAGACGAAAAUUGCAAAAGAGGGAAAUACCGUGAAUCCGUAAAAUGCAACGUACUAAGUAAUUACGAUAACGUACUGUCGUUUACCAUUAAUAUCGUUAAUGAAACUACGUGUACGCGGCGAUCUUGCCUUAGGCGGUCGACCAAAUUUUUUGCAAACCAAAUUUUUCCAUGAAUCUCUCUGUGUGUCAGUAAUUAAUUACCUUACCAUACGUACACACGAUGUUAACUUAAGCUGUAAGCAUAAGAGAAAUUUACCAACGUUAGAAGCAAAAGACCUAAAUCGUGCGGAGAUUUUGAACGAAUGAUAUACGAAGAACAAAAACGACGAAGAACGAUCUCGAAGGACUGGUGUAAAGAGAGAAGCAAGCUAAACGAUGUUUAAAAUAAAAAAAAAAGGAAACCGAUCAUUCUAAUUCUAAUAUUACGCUCGUACCGUCUCUGAACCUAAGCGACACGCAACACGUUGUCACGAGAUUAAAAUAAUAAAUUAACGAAGACACGAUACUUUGUAUUUAUACACGUUGUAUACAGAUAUGUAUAUUGUUACUAAUAUUAUUCUUAUUAUUAUCAACAGAUUACCAUUAUUCUUAUUAUCGUCAUUAUCAUUCUCGAUUCUUAUUACCAUCGAUCAUUCUUACAUAUUAAAUAAUCCAGCGUCGCCGUAGGGAUCGAACGAUCUAUUUUAAUUAUUAUUUCUACUCGUCGAGCGGCACUACUCCUUUGUCUGCUCGAGAUUUUGAAGUAGAGCGAGAUCGUUCGUUAUAUCCACCUCGCUGAUAACGCUGCUAACAAUCUAUUUACCCGAUUCCAAUCAAACUUUUCCAAAAAUAUCUCCGGUAUCCAAGCGGCGACGAACGGACCACCGAGAGCGACGAGAUGCAUCCAGUAGAUUUACAGACACUUUUAUCGUUAGAUUCAUCUUACGAGAACGCAAACUUCCGAGAUUCAUCCUUGUCCGUGGAAAACCAGACGAACUGGUAUAUUUCACUUCGAAUCACCGACUAAAAACUUGGAUUAAUUAUCUCGAUAACCUAGUCUCAUUACUCAUCCCGUUGUUUUUUCCUCUCUCCAACUUUUGUAAACUCAUAAAAUUACAGCCGGAUAAUACUCCAUUAAUAGUACGUUGAUUCGAAAAUUUCUGCAAACUAAACGCAGUCAAUUGACAUUCCACCGCGUUAAAUGUACGAUAACUGCACGCCUUUCAAACACGUACACACACCGUCGAGCUCGUAAUUAAUUCGAGCAUUUUCCAUUUCCGUGCCUCUUUUUAAGACCCACCUACUCUAUUUACGAUUUCAAUUAUCAUUGUGAUACCGGACCGCUUAAAAACAAUUUCCCAUUUAAUACCAAAGCUUCCGAAGCAUGUUGCAUUGUUUCGUUCUUUAAAAUGUCGCAGGCAUCGCGAAUUAAUUUAUUUGCUGAUUUAUUCACCUACCGCGCCACUAUCGUAUGCUCUACCGAUAUUCUAACAAUUAUAAAAAAAAAUUUUUCAUUCGUGAUUAAUCACACGACGUAAUAACCCGAACGAUCUCGCGCUGGGCGCCGCGAAACGAUCUCUAUCGAUAAUAUUGGAGCAAUGAAAUCACUGUGAUAUCACUAAAACGCUUUCAAGGUGUGUGUUGGAAUCGACAAUUAUCGCCACGCUUGCCGGGCUCAGCGUGGCUAAGUUUCCAAUAAAUUAAAAGUGGCAGAAAUGGAAUUAGAUAUUUGGGGGGGGGGAGGUGAGAGAGAGAGAGAGAGAGAGAGAGAGAAAGAGAGAGAGACAAAGAAAAAAAGAUGAUUUAUGGUAUCGAUUAUCGUAAAUUAUUGUAAAUCAUAUUGUAUUGUAUAUACGUAUACAUACUUAUACAUAAUAUAUAAAUAUACACAUAGAGUAUAUUACGGAUGACUACUAAUAUCAUUAAAGAUUACUAUGAUCGUAUUACCGUCAUUGUUAGCCGACACUAUUAUCGAUGCAACAAGUUCUACUGUCUAAUAGCGUUGAUCGUCUGUCGCGGAGAGAGCGAGAGAGAGAGAGUGCAGCCUACGCAAGAUCAAAACCGAACACGAAACUAUAAUACAACGGCCGAAUGAUAUCGGAUCGUUUGCGAACGAUUGUUUUAUUGUACAUGGGAAACCAUAUAUCCGGAAGGGAUCUCGUUUCCGAUUCAUUCCGAUUUUUCUUCGAUCUAGUAACGUUUCUAUAUAUAAGCGAACACACGGUUUUCUUCGACUUUAUCAUCGAUCG